AUUGUAAUGAGUAACUGGAGUGAUCUUCCAGCCGAAAUAUUAAUAAAUAUCUAUAGAUAUUUACAUAGUUUAAAAGAUGUCAGUCAGUGCCAACGAACAUGUAAACAAUGGAGCAAAUCAGCCCAACUUGUACUUUAUGAAAGAUUAACCUUUAGUGAACGACAUAUUGAUCAAUUUGUUCAAUCCAUAAGAUCAUUUCCCUCGGAUCGUACAAAGUUAACCAAGUCCAUUCACUUCUCUCUCUUGUACGAGGAAAGGCAUUAUCGAAACAGCCGUAAUUACUUACUAGAAAUAUCCAAACUGUGCCCUAAUGUCGAAGAAGUGAGUGCAUUUGGAGCAGUUCCCGAGUUUUAUAGAGAGUUGGCAUGCGCCGCUAUCUUUUACUGGAAAAACCUCAAGCGGGUAGCAAGGCCUUUUAUCAACCGCUUCAGCUUGAUUGAUUAUAGUCUAUGUGUCUUUCAGCUGGAGCAUUCAAUACAACAAGUGGCCAUAUCGAGGGAUUUUUGCAUGGAAGGCAUUGGAAGGGAUUUUCUCGAGAGAUUAAACCACUUUCCUUGCCUUAACAAGAUUGUCUUGAUGGACCCUACAAAACCAAAGCAUCUGGAUGACAUUCUUCAGAGGGUACCGACCAUAAGUGCACUUGACCUUGUAAGUUUGGAGGAUUUUGAUGAAUUCAAGUAUGACCCGUCAUUGGUAACACCCUGUCCAGAUGUUAAAUCAAUAGAAGGCCUCAUGCUGCCAGCGGACGAAAGUAUUUGGAGUUAUGUCAAGGACAAGUUCCCUGCACUGGAAUAUUUGGAAAUGACAAUCAAUUUAUCAGGCUAUGAACGAGUUAAACAAGACUAUUUUUGUGGACUAUUGGAACAUGUCCAAAGGAUACCCAAGUAUCAUAUUCAGCUAUUACUUCCUCCAUUCGAACUUACCAGCUUGGUACUAAGAUACCAAAGACCAGUAUCACUCAGCUUAUAUAUGGACUUUAGACAAAUUGAUAUCAUACAGAAAAAUGCUGAAGGAGCACCGUUGAUUAGAAUAGCUUAUCCAACUUCUAUGAAUGAGAUGGAAGCUAUUUUAACUGAAAUGCAGCUAAAGGAUAGUCCAAACAGUGACUUGAAGACAAAAGAUAUACAAGUACAUCAACUACUUGAACACUGCGGAUCAGGUCUCGAGCGUUUAUCACUGAAAAUGGCACGCAGUGUACGUAGCUAUGAGAACCCACUCAAGGACAUACUUCGACUCUGCCCAAUACUCAAAGAAUUACAUUAUACGGUACAUGCAUUAUAUGAAAUUUCACUUGAAGAUGAAAAGAAACUACAAGCCAGCUCUAUCAAAUCACUGUCUAUCGCUACGGGUAGUGCCGAAGAAGAAGCACUUUUACAACUAUCUAUCCUAUUUCCUUCUCUUCGACGAUUUAGAUUAAGCAUCGGAACAUUAUCAUCCUACCAAAAGAACGACUGCUUUAUUUUGGAUAUGCCCUCAACCUCUCUAGAGUAUCUUUAUCUUCACCUGCAAGAUGUUCCAUAUAGUCUCAACAAAUCGAAAUAUCAAAAUGAUCCUAUUACUGUGAAAAUAUUCACAGAUUCCAUAGAUGGAAAACUAUAUGCUAUCAACAACAACACUCUUCAAGAAUGCUUUAUUCAUUCUAUGUCACCUAAAUUAUACAUAAGAUGUCAAGACAUACAAUACAUUAGUCUAAAAAUUGGACAACAGUUUGCUACAUCAUCAUUGUUAUCCAUUUAAAAAUUGAAUUUCAUUAAACUCAAGUUUAUCAAAGGAG